AUGUCUACAUUUUCGUACGCACAAGCCGCCAAGGGCGUCUCCGGGACACCUACCCCAUCCAAGACCCCCUCAGAAUCCGACAAAAUCGACUCCAAACCCGAGGAGCAGACCACUGUUGAGGCUACACCGGAUAACGCACCUGCCCCUGCUGAGUCUGAGCCCGUUCAAAAAAACGAGGUAGUAACGGAGGAGAACAAGGACGAUGAUUUCACCACCGUCACCAGCAAGCAUGCCGCUAAGACAAAGGCCAUUCAGUCUCGAACAUCAAGCCCGAGCGUUCGCACAGGCUCAAAGUCGCGCAAGUCAAAGGAGGAUGAAUCAAAUACCUCCAACGGCAACGCAGAUGCUACCGCCGAGAAGCAGGUUUCCAGUGAGGGACAGACCGAGAAGGCCGAAGGUUCCGCAGAUAAGUCUACUGAAAAGUCCGAGGAUUCCGAGAAAACCGCACCACCCAAGGAGCUGAAGGCUGCUCCUCUCCCCUCAGUCAACAUCUGGCAACAGAGACGAGAGGCCCAGGACGCCAAGGUCAAGGCUGUCCCCAAGUCCGCUUCUGCUAGCAAGCCCACCUCCAAGGCUGCCUCUACUGUUGAUGAGUCCCAGCAAGACUCCAAGGCCGGCUCUAAGAAGAAGGGUACCGAUGGUACACAGGAAGGUGCCAAGGACCGCAAGAAGACUGAUGGAAAAGGACGCGAUGCCGGAUCAGUUCCCCCAGUAGAGGACGCUGCUGCUUGGCCUACUCCCCAAGUUGCGGUUGGCGAAGAGAAGAAGAAGGUCCAGGAAAAGACCGAUAAGAGCCCCGUCAUUAGACCUCAUGGAAAGGAAAAGUGGACACCCGUUCCUUACGUUCCAACUGCUGUUUUUAACACCCCGCUCCCAUCUGCCGGAGGCCGUGGAGGUAGACGCGCUACUCGUGGUGGCCGGGACAGUGGCCGUGGCGCCCAUGGCAACGGAGCCGCUGCCGACAAGGCCGCCUCUGGACAGGCCGCCCAAGGCGCAAAGCCCACAUCUGGAGAUCGCGGACGUCACGAGUCUGGCACUGGACGUGCCGCUUCUCUUCCCGCGCAGUCGAGACGUUCCCCCAGCGCCGAAGCUAGUGCUGCAGCUGAUGCACGCAAGGCUUCCCAAGCACCCGAGCGCGGCCGUGGAGCUCGCAACGGAGAGGAGAACACUAAGCAGGUGAAUGGCGGAGAGAAUGCUCCCCGCUCUCAACGUGAGGGCAAGGCCUUUGGAAGAAACCAGGAUGCUCGCGCAGGUGACCGCAACCAGAAGGGAAACUUGGCUGUUGACUCCCAGGCUGCAGCACGCGCCAAUGACCGUCGCUUUGAGGCCGGCUCUAAGUCGGCCGAUGCCACUGGUUUCAACGAGUUCAACCGCGAACGCGGAGAGUUCCGAUCUGAGCGUGGAGGUCGUGGAUCUAACCGCGGCCGCGGCGCUUACUCCAACUUCGGCGGCCAGAACGCCCAGUUCAAUGCUAUGUCCAACUCAUUCGGUGCGCCCAAGUACUUCAAUGACCGUCAGCGGUCACAGCAGCAUGGCCUCCCCAAUGGAUCUCAACAAGGAAACCGUAUGCCCCUCCGAUCGCCCUCUUUGCCCACUCCCGCAAACAUGUACGGUGUUGUUUAUCCUUUCCCAGGUGAUAUCAACGCGAUGUAUGGCUACGCACCUGCCCCGAUGAACGCCGUUCCCUACCCGCAGCAAUUCGUUGAGCCUUUCUCUCUUAUGAACAUGCUCACCAUGCAAUUGGAGUACUACUUCUCCGUUGACAACAUGUGCAAGGACAUGUUCCUUCGCAAGCAGAUGGAUUCUCAAGGCUUUGUGCCUCUGAAUGUCCUCGCCAGCUUCAAGCGUGUCAAGUCCCUCACUGAGGACUUUGAGCUCCUCCGUCACGUGUCCCGUCAACUCCGCAGCGUUGAGUGCCAAACUGGUGAGGAUGGCGUUGACCGCUUGCGCCCCAGAGACAAGUGGCAGCAAUGGGUCCUCCCCGUGGACCAGCGCGAACCUGCCGCCCAGCAUGACGGUGCCGCCCCCGCUAGAAAGACCGACGAGAACACCCCGGUUCACAGCCACUCCGAGAACGUUAUUAACGGAUCCGCUCCUCAGUUUGUCCCUAACGGAGUUGCCCAUGAUGUCAAGACUUCACUUUCGUCUACUGCCCCCGAAUUCAUGCCCUCAUUGCUACCCACCGCAGUGAACGAGAUUGCCAAUGUAGGAUACCCUUGGAACCCCCCUGUCUCCCUCGAAUCCCCGACAACUUCGUUCUAUUCGCCAUCUUUGCCUUUGCCCGUGAAUUACUCAUUUAUUGACAAUUCUCCUCUAGCGCGCGGAUUAGAUUCGCCGUCCGAACUUCGUUUCCCCUCUGAUUUGGAUCCGACGGUGGCCCCAGUGAACUUUGGCACAGAUUACUCUCAACACCAAAUGGCUGGUGCUGAUUCAUUCAUCAACAACUCUUUCGCCGAAGCGCAUCACCCGGCGCCCAAGUCGAAUGGGAAGGGUCGUUCGUUCACAGAAACGUCGAAUUAUGUCCCAAACACUUUCAAUAUGUCCCACGAAGAAAAUUUCGAUCGCCGAGCCCUACAGGCAAGAAGGUAUAGCCUUGGACUGACCCAGCCAUACCAAUACUGGUCGUUCAGCUUGACAAAACAUUUCAAUUCGCAUUUGUACAAUGAAUUUAGGCGUUCAGCCCUUGAUGAUCUUUUGACUCGACACAUUGACAUCGGUUUCAUCGAGCUCAUGGAAUUUUAUCGGAACUGUCUGCUUAACCGUCGCCACAUUCCCGACAUCGUGGUGUACGACUUGAUCGGUCUUUCACAGGAUCAAAAAUCGCACUGUCACACCCUCGUCUCCAAUACGAUCCAUGAAACCAUUGCCAGUGGAAAGAUGACCUCAAAGAACCGGGGUAAACUCAGCAAAUAUUUCAAUACCCAGCACGGCGAGAAGGCCUGA